AUGGCAGCUUCAGGGAACGCCUGGCAAGACAGACAGCACUUCAACCCUGGUCACAAGGCCACGACGCCGAACACAAGCGCCGCUCCUUCCCCAGGAACAGACAAUUAUAAUGGGAAUAUCUACGGGGGAAACAUCGGCGGGCGAAGCAACCACAACGCCAUCUUCCAGGCAGAGGGCGGCGGCCUUGAGACUACGUUGGGCAGAAUCGAGGCGAUGCUGUCGAACGGCUCCAACAUCGAGCAGGAUCGCGCGUAUCAUGCCCUCGCCGACCUCUCUUCGAUGAAGAAGAAACUCGAUGAAAUGGUGAAGAAGCGAGACAAAUUCGAGGCGCAAAUUAAACAGCAACUCGGGAUUGCCAGGUAG